GACGGAAACUGACAGAGUUACCAUGCAUUAGUAAGAUUAGCAGAGUUGCAUGUUGGUUGUAUCGCAACUUGACGCUAUUGCCUAUCGAUAGCCGAUACUACGGCGGCAACCCAUUUGGCUUGCUCGGCGUGUGUCUUGUCAUUUCACCUGCAGAUAAAACCUAAAACACACUGCACUGUACGAAGUAUUUCAAACAAAUAAAACAAUGGAGCGUCGCUAUAGUUUGAGCAAUUCGCCGCGUUUAUCAAAACCCAUGGCGGAUUCCACAUGGAUUGAUGGCAUGCCUGCCAGACAGCGAACGGCGGCGCAGCAGCUUCACACAAAUUUAGGGUCCAGGGAGCGCAGUAAUUCGAGCGUUUGUUUAAGUAACAGCUACACAAAUGGCUCACCGCAGCACAGAAGCCUGCAUCAGCUAUCAAGAACAUCUACGAGCGUAUCCAAAAUGACUCGCCAAAGGCUAAAUCUCAGCCAGUUGGAUCCCAAAACCUUUGCGGACGUGCAUAGCAGCGGCCUAGCCUCGCGCAUUGUUGAAUACCAGCGGGAGAGUGGCCGUGGCUUGCAGCGCAGCAUAUCCUUUAACAAUGUUUACAAUCCGUUUACACAGCCGCGACGGUCCAGCAUUGCAGUCUCACCACUCUGCCAUAAACCCAGCCUGCCGUCGGUGUCCAUGACACGCAUAGCGCCGCCCGAGCGCAGCUUUUACUGUGGCAACACAUUGCCCAGCCUUUUACGUUCCAAUUCGCUGCUGGGCGUGGAGAAGAUCAGCGAUCAGUUGUCGCGCGAAAAUCGCCCAAUAAUGCAUCCGCCGCCGUUGCAGCACGAAAGCGAACCUACGCGUAGCGUCUUGGAGGAGCUGAAGGAAAUUUCGCGCAAGCGCAUCAACAGCGGCGAAAUUCAACCCAACGAAUAUAAUAGCAAAAAGAGCUGCAAUCGCAUGGCUGAUUACGUGGAUCAUCAUCAUCAUCAUCAACAGCAGCAGCAUCCCCAGCAGCAUCACCAGCAGCAUCAUCAUCAUCAGUUGUCCAUGUUGCAGCCACAGUCUGGUUUUAAGCGGCAACGUGAACUGACCGUUUCGGUGCCUCUACGUUUGCAUCAUCCGCCUAUAGCGCUGCCACAGCAUCAGCAUCCACAUCAGGCUUUACACAUGCAGGCGCAUCAUUUUCCCGCCAGCGUGUCGCCACAGCAGUCACCGGAACAGCUGGCCAAGCGUCGCAAUUGUAGCUAUAGCAAUGACAUUGCCAGCUCCCUUAGCUCUAGCAAGCUACACAGUAACAAGCGCAAGUUGUACGACAUGCGCGCAACCAGCAACACGUCCACAAACAAUGCGAAUGCCAGUAGUGGCAGCAACAGCAGCAGCUCUUCGGAAACUUCGCCGCGCCAACAGGCGGCCAAAAUACAGCGCAACCAGCAACCUUCCACAGUUGAUUUGCGUCUGGAGCAUUUGACUAGGACACAGAGCACGCCCAUAACAUCGCUGCCGGUGGCACCAGCCCAGCGCACAGUCUCCGCUCCCGUAGUGCAGACCCCGCACGAGCCAGCCAAACCCAAACUGACGCUGUUCAAUGCACAACAACGACAACAGCAGCAACAAGAGCAGCAGUUAGAACCAGAUCUGGACAGUCCCGAUGUGGACGCCAACGAAUAUGCGGGCAUACAGUUUGUCAAGCCCAAGCAACAACAUACGCUGGGAGCAAGCAAAAACUCUCAUCUGGAGCGCACACAAAAGACCAAACUGGCUUUAAUGUUGAGUAGCCUGCGCGGUGAAAUCUAUCAGGAUGAAACGUCUGCGGAUGAGGCAGAUGCAACGCCUGUGAAGGCAACUGUGGCAGCAGCACCAGCAACAACAACAGCCACAGUAACAGCUGUAACAACAACCACAACAACGACGAAGCCAACAAUACUUGCGACGAAUGUUCCGGCGUCAACGGCAAUAACAACUGCUCCUAAAGCAGCCGAGACAAAAACAGCAGCAGCUGAAACAACGACAACAACAACAGCAUCAGCAACAACAACAGAAUCAGCAACUGCAACAACUGCAGCAAUAAAUGCCAGCAACAGCACAUUGCCUUUGCUGUCAUUUAACAACGCAACACCUAAUGUCAGCCAAAACUCAACAAAUGUAGGAGUUUCUAUUCCUGGCCUUACACUACCGACAUCAACAGGCAAACCAAUAACAACUGUAGCAGUUACAACAGCAACAUCAACACCUUCAUUUAUGAGUUCAGCUGCAACAACAACAACAGCAACAGCAGCAACUGUUGCGCCUGCUCUGACGUUUGGCAAGUCCGUAACUGCAGAGGCAGGAGCAGCGACUGUGCUGCCGGCUUUUACAUUUGGCAAGCCAGCAGCGGCAGCAGCAGUAGCAGAGGGUGCACCAACAACAACAGCAGCAGCGCCAGCAACAUCCAUGUUUGCCUUUGGCAACCCAGCAAUCGCUACAACUGCAAGCAGUGCACCUGCAACGGCAGCAGCACCAGCAGCAACAGUGCUAGCAGCAGCAUCAUCGGUAGCGGCAGAAGCAGUAUCAAGCACACCUAUGUUUAGUUUUGGUAAGCCCGCAGCUGCUGCAACAUCAAACAGCACGCCAUUUGCAAUAGCUGCAGCAACAACCACGACCACAACAUUCGCAAGCGCUCCAGUAUUUAGUUUUGGAAAAGCUGCAACCACUGCGGCAACAACAGAACCUACAGCAGCAGCAGCAACAACAACAACCAGCAAACCAUUCACAUUUGGCAACAGCAGCAGCAGCAAUAAUGCUGCAACAGCAACUGUUGCAACAGCUGCGCCUGGUGUCAAGCUUGAUAACUGGCCGUCUCAGCCCGUGGAACCGAAUGCCCUUAGCAGUACCUUUGGCAAUGCUUUCAAGCCAGCUGCAGCAACGGCAGCUGCAGCCACACCAGCAGCAGCAGCAACAUCUGCCGAGCCGGCCAAGAUGUUUAGUUUUGGCAACAACACAACAACGGCAGCAGCUACGCCAAUAUUUGGUAGUGCAGCAGCUUCAGCAGCCACGCCAAUAUUUGGCAGUGGAGCAGCCUCAGCAGCUACGCCAAUAUUUGGUAGUGCAGCAGCCUCAACAGCUACGCCCGUAUUUGGCAGUGCAUCAGUAACAACAGCACAGCCAGCUUUCAGUUUUGGCGGUGCAGCAACUGCAGCAGCAGCAACGGAGACAGCAUCUGCCCCGUCCGCAGUAAACAGCUCGAAUCUAUUUGCAUUUGGUGGUUCUAACAAGCCCGUGGCAAAAGCAACGCCCUUCACACUGCCCAACAAAGCCAGCAGCAACGGCGGCAGCAGCGUGUUCAGCUUCGGCGGCGGCAACGGUGAUGGACCCAAAAUAGGAGCAACAGCAACAGCAGCAGGAUCAGCGCCAGCGCCUUCAGCAGCGAACAGUUUCAGUUUUAAUAGCACAACUGCAACUGGCGCUGCACCUGCAGCGGCCACAAGCACUUUCAGUUUCAAUGCAACGGCCAAGCAGACGCCCAUAUUCGGCAGCAGCAAUGCAACAGAAUCCAAGCCAUUUGCAUUUGGGGGCAAUGCUGGCGCUCAACAGCAGGAUCAGCAGCCACAGCAGACGACACCAGCAACUGCAGCAACAGGAGCACAAACACAGCAGCAGCAACAAGCGGGCGGCUUCUCCUUUGCCGCCGUGGCUCAAAAGAGCGAAAGCACAAAUUUAUUCAGCUCACCGGCGGCCAGCACUGGCGUUGUUAAGCCUAGUUUUAAUUUUGGCGGUAACACAACGCCAGUAACAGCUUCUGCCUCAGCAGCAGCCUCUGCGCCAGCCAACGGCCUUGGUGCAUUUGCGGCACCAGCACAACCAGCCAGCAGCACUCCGAAUUUGUUUACAUUUGGCGGCAAUGCUACGACCAAUAAUGCUCCAACUCCUGGCGGCAAUCUUUUUGCCAACGCUGUCGCCGCCGCACAGAAUCAGCAGCAACAGGCCAAGCCGGGCGGUUUCUCCUUCAGCACGAACAACAGCAACAGCAGCAAUGCUGCUGCCCCAGCAGGCAAUGCGAAUACACCGUUUGCUUUUGGCGGCAUCACGUCCACGCCGCAGAGCAGCAAUGUGGCCAAACCAUUUACCUUUGGCAAUCCAGCAGCAUCGAAUAUCUUUGGAAGCCCAUCGGCGGCGCCGGCAGCUACAAAUGGCGGGGCCAACAAUUUUGGCGGUGCCGCCACACCGACUUCAGCUCCUGGCAUACCUGGUACGCCGCAGCAGAUAAAUCCAUUCGCACCGCCCAGCACGCCCGAGAGUCGACCCAUACGACGUGCAACGCGACGUCUGAAAAAGUAGUGCUCGAAGAACCUCAAUAGACCGUGUUUAAAUCUUAGCCUUAAUUUAUAAAAAAAAAACAACAGGACUCUAUAUGAACGAAUUUAAGCUCUAAUCUCCAUUUAUAUUUUAGGUCAACAAUUAGUUUUUUUUGAAGAAUGUUAACUGAAAAUAAAAAUGUUCACUAAAGAAAUUUGUAAAUAAAUGCUAAAUGCAUGCUUAAAGGAGAAGGCUAAAGAAUAUGAUGCUGUUUGCAGGGUAUCUGCUAGUCGGACUCUUUUGAACAGCAAUCAUAAUUAUAUAUUGAGACGCAUGCAUAUGUUAUAAACGGCACAUUUUGUUAAAUGCAUUAAAA